GGUUCUCGUUGGUCCUGAAUCCUCCGGUUCGGUUGCGGUCUCUGCGGGAAGGCGACGUUUACGAGAUUGGGGAGGACGGGGAACUAGCUGCGAUUCUCUUAGCGGUCUCCCUCCCCCUGGAGUUUGAAAUGCUCUACCUGAUCGGCUUGGGCCUGGGAGAUGCCAAGGACAUCACAGUCAAGGGCCUGGAAGUUGUAAAGCGUUGCAGUCGAGUGUAUCUGGAGGCCUACACCUCAAUCCUGACUGUAGGGAAGGAAGCCCUGGAAGAGUUUUAUGGAAGAAAAUUGAUUGUUGCUGAUAGAGAAGAAGUGGAACAAAAAGCAGAUAAUAUUUUAGAGGAUGCCGACCUCAGUGAUGUUGCGUUCCUUGUGGUUGGUGAUCCCUUUGGGGCUACAACACACAGUGAUCUUGUUCUGAGAGCAGCUAAGCGGGGGAUCCCUUAUCGAGUUAUUCACAAUGCCUCCAUAAUGAAUGCUGUAGGCUGCUGUGGUUUACAGUUGUAUAAGUUUGGAGAGACAGUUUCUAUUGUUUUUUGGACAGACACUUGGAGACCAGAAAGCUUCUUUGACAGAGUGAAGAAGAACAGACAAAACGGCAUGCACACUUUAUGCUUACUAGACAUCAAAGUAAAGGAGCAGUCUUUGGAAAAUCUAAUCAAGGGAAGGAAGAUCUAUGAACCUCCUCAGUAUAUGAGCGUGAACCAAGCAGCCCAACAGCUUCUGGAGAUUGUUCAGAAUCAAAGAAUGCGAGGAGAAGAGCCAGGACAACUUUUCCACCUAAACAGCAAGACCAGUGAAGGGUCAGCCCUUCAGCUACAGCACCAGACAAUCACCGAGGAGACACUCUGUGUUGGCUUAGCCAGAGUUGGAGCUGAGGACCAGAAAAUUGCAGCAGGCACUUUACAGCAAAUGUGUACUGUGGACUUGGGAGGACCAUUACAUUCUUUGAUUAUCACAGGAGGCAGCAUGCAUCCUCUGGAGAUUGAGAUGCUAAGUCUGUUUUCCGUACUGGAAGAUACCUCAGAAUCUCAAAGCAUUGAUGGCCUCUGAACAUAGACAUUUUCUAUUGCCUGUUGUUAAUUUCUUUCAUAUAUACAUGUACACAUAUUUGUAUAAAAAUUAGACAGGUCCUUAGGUUUGCCUGAUAAGUAUAAAACACGUAACCAGGAAGAAAGAAGUUGACUCAACAAUGCUUGGUUUCCUGUGGCAGUGAGUUUUUUCCCUAUGAUAUCAUCAGCUGUUGCUGCUGUUUUGGCAGCUUUUCAGGACGUAAACACAUGGAGCAGACCAAGUCAGAAAAUUGAUAGACAUCCAGAGACAGAGUCAUUUUAAAAGCAGUUUUUACUUAAAUGAAACUGGUUUAUACAAGGUGGUUUGCUUGUAGUCAGACUAUAACUUUGUGAGGUAACUGGAAUGUGAGUCACUUUGUUUUAACCAAAAGUCCCAGUUUUAGAGGAUAAAAAAGGAGUGACAAGAAAAGCAAAUAAAAGACGGGUAACAGUUCACAUAUUGUUUUUGUAAUUUUCUUUUUUCUUAAAAUCAGCUGUCCUGACUGUAAGAGGAGUUGUCCUGACAGAGUUUGGUGGUGGUGGUGGUGGUGUUAGGUGCUGUCAGGUCAGUUCCUACUCAGGUGACCCCAUGUACAACAGAACAAAACGCUGCCUGGUCCUGCGCCAUCCGCACAGUCGUUGCUACGUUUAAGCCCGUUGUUGCAGCCACUGUGUCAGUCCAGUUGGUGUGAGUGCAUAUAAACUGUGGUGGGAAAAGUAAGUCUCCACCAACAGUCCUGCUUUCUUAAAGCUCAGCUGAGUACAUGACACCCUUCUGAACUGGCUUUUCUUGUUUAGCUGACAUCUAAAUUAUGUGGUUCAUAUUCUGCUGUAUUUGGAGGUUAUAUAACUGUUGAAUUAUAAAUGUUCAACCAGCCAUGUACAGUUAUUGUUUGGAUUUAAAUAGCAUCUUCUGCGUCCAACCUGACAAAUGGAAAACUUGCUGACUACCGGUACACAGUAAAAUUUUUAAAAAUUUAAGUUUGAAGACAACAGUGGAUUUUUCAAGAUUUAUCACAUCACUUAACUCAGUUAAUAUACCAUUAAUAUAUGCAACUAGUCACCAUCUUACUAGUUUUAAAUAACACACCAUUUAUUAUAUUUUAUAACCUCAGAGUUUUAUACUUUUUGUCAGUUCAGAACAGGAAUAACUUUGCUGUAGGGUAAUUCAGGAAGCCCUGGUGGCAUAGUGGUUAAAUGCUCGGCUGCUAAUCGAAAGGUCGGAGAUUCGAACCCACCAGCCACUCCAUGGGAGAAGGAUGUGGCGGUCCACUUCUGUAAAGAUUACAGUCUUGGAAACCUAUGGGGCAGUUCUGCUGGAUCCUGUAGGGUCGCUGUGAGACCCAGUCGACAGCAGUGGGUUUGGUUUAUAGGCUAGUUCAGUUAGUCUGAAUCUGAAUGUUUCCAUGACCAGAUCAGCUUAUCUGACCUCUUUGUUCAGUAAAUUCUUUGGAAGCCAGGCAGAGACUUCCUUGGAGCAUCAAUUAGCUAGAGAUUAUUUAUUAAUUUGACUUAUUUAAGAUAGAAGAUAUUUUAAUAUAUAUGAAGCAUUUCAUUUUCAAUCUGUUGGGCACAAAAGGAGAGAGAGCCAGAGACAAUGAAGUACUAGUUCUGUAUUAUUGUCUUCUGAGAUGUUAAACCAAACAUUUAAAAAUUAUAAAAUCAAGGAGUUCUGGUUUGAAUAAUGGUAGAAUAGCUUAUAGUGGACAAAUCCUCCUAAUUAUAAACUCUGGACAAAAUAAGCAGUUAUUAAAGGCACUGGGGAGUGACCAAAAGCAGGGUGAGAACCAUGCUCAUAUGGAUUUUCCCCUUAGGACAUUCCCCAGUCUUCCUGGUGGGGGCAGCUAGAACGCAAGAGAAAGCAGCAGUCUUAAUGGCUUGAGAUGUUAGGGAAUGGAAUUGGGGGCUGCGCAGCUACUAACCAAAAGGUUGGUGGUUCGAACCCACCAGCCGCUCCACAAGAGAAAAGGCGUGGUGACCUGCUACCAUAAAGAUUACAGCCUAGGAAACCCUAUGGUGCAGUUCUACUGUGUCCUAUAAAUUUUUGUGGUACUUUGUAUGUUGAUUUUGUAUUGUAGCUUGGACACUUUGAAUAUUACGAGAUUCUGUGUCUUGUUUAAAUUUUAUGGAGAUUGUCUUAUCUUUUUGUUUUAACAGGCAGUCAGCCUGUUAGGUUCAGGAUGCAAUUUCUAAUCCACCUUUUGUUGGCUGUGAUUCCAGUGUCAGUUCAGUUUUCACAGCCUUUGCAAUUCUCUGGAUCUCUCUUGGGUUUGUGCCAUCCAGUCUGGUAGGCAGUACAGGCAUACCUCAGAGAUAUUGCGGGUUCGGUUCAAGACCACCUCAGUAUAAUGAAUGUUGCAAUAAAGCAAGUCACAAGAAAUGUUAGGUUGCCCAGUGCAUAUAAUAGUUAUGUUUACACUAUACUGUAGUCUAUUAUGAGUUGAAAUUGACCCAACGAUAACGGAUUUGGUUUUUGGUUUGGUAGUCUAUAAGUGUGCAAUAGUAUUAUACCUAAAGAAAACAAUGUGCAUACCUUAAUUAAAAAAUACUUUAUUGCUAAAAAUGCUAACCAUCAUUUGAGCAUUCAUCAAGUCAUAAUCUUUUUGCUGGUGGAGGGUCUUGCCUCAAUGUUGAUGGCUGCUGACUGAUCAGGGUGCCAGGUUGGGGUGGCUGUGGCAAUUUCUUAAGACAACAGUGAAAUUUGCCGCACCGAUUAACUUUCUUUCACGAAAAAUUUCUCUGUAGCAUGUGAUGCUGUUUGAUAGCAUUUUACCCACAGUAGAACUUCUUUCAAAAUUGGAGUCAGUCCUCUCAAACCCU